CCUUAAAAGGGGCUGCCCAGGCUGGGUGGGGUGAGAGGAGCUCUUGGCAGGACGGAGCUGCUCGCCCCGAGGGAGCCAUGGAUCUGCGGCUGUGCCUCUUGUUCUGCUUCGCUGCCAAUGUGGGAGUCUCCUCCUCCUCCUCCUCAGAGGUGAGGCUGGUAGGUGGCCCCCACCGCUGCGCCGGGCGUGUGGAGGUGCGUCUGGACGGGCGCUGGGGCACCGUGUGUGACGACGGCUGGGACCUGGGCGACGUGGCCGUGGUGUGCAGGCAGCUGGGCUGUGGGCCGGCCUUGAAAUCGCUGACUAGUAAAGUGUUCGGCCCGGGCCCCGAGUCAGACCCUGUCCUGAUGAUUGACGUGCAGUGCCAGGGGACAGAGGCAGCUCUGGGGAACUGCUCGUACACAGAUCCAGGGGACCUCUGCAAGCAUGAUGAGGAUGCGGGAGCCCGUUGUGAAGCUGCAGAUCUCCCAGAGCCACCUGUCCGGUUGGUGGGCAACGACACACGCUGCAGUGGGCAGGUGGAGAUUUACCAUGACGGCCGCUGGGGUGCUGUGUGUGGGUUGGGCUGGGACCUGACUGAUGCCAAGGUGCUCUGCCGGGAGCUAGGCUGUGGGAGCCCGCGGUACGUCACCCACCACUGCAGCAAGUUCAGUCGGAGCUCAGCACCUGUCCUGCUGGGCCAGCUGGAGUGCACCGGGCAGGAGGCCUCGCUGACCCACUGCCAAGCCCAAGCCUGGGAGGGGCGGCACUGCCCCCACCACCGGGACACCGGAGUCAUGUGCCAAGAGCCCUUUGCACUGCGGCUGGUGAACGGCCCAAGCAAGUGCUCCGGGCGGCUGGAGGUGCGGUAUGACGGAGUGUGGGGCACCGUGUGCGAUGACAACUGGUCGGAGACCAACGCCCAAGUGGUCUGCCGGGAGCUGGGCUGUGGCCCAGCCGAGCCACUGGCCCCAAAGCUGCAGGAUUGGCCCCGCUUUGGCCAGGGUACGGGGAAAAUCUGGCUGGACGACAUCCGCUGCAAAGGCACCGAGGAGACCCUGCAGAACUGUGCCCACCGCUUAUGGAGCUACCACGACUGCACCCACCGGGAGGAUAUCAGCGUGGUCUGCCAGGACAACUGAGCUGGCCACAGCUCCUCCACAGCCUCCCAUUGAUUCCCCCUGCCCUCGAGCUUUCAGUGCAUCCCCCAUGCCACCAGGCCCUUCCUCUCUGCUGCCAGGCUCCCCGGCCCUGCC